AUUAAAAUACAGUAAAUGAAGGAAAAUCGGUUCAUAAAUAUCAAUGAAUUAAAUUUGUUUUCGAUGCAUUGGAAACUACAGCGCCCUCUCAAAAAUCUCAUGUUUUACAAGUCAGAAAUGUGGUUCGCCGUCUUAACAUGCAUGUUCACUCUGCUGUCUUCUAUUGAAUCAUACAAUUUAACCGUCCUUCACACUAACGAUUUCCAUUCAAGAUACGAAGAAAUUAAUAAUAAAGGUGGAAAAUGCAAACCGGAAAAAUCAUGCUACGGUGGAAUUGCACGACAAGUAACAGCGGUCAGAAACAUUCGUAAUGCUGAAGAGAAUGUUAUAUUUUUAAAUGCCGGUGAUUAUUAUCAAGGAACUGUUUGGUAUACCGUUCACAGGUGGAGGGCGGUUGCUGAAUUUACUAACAGACUACACCACGAUGCUAUGGCUUUAGGUAAUCACGAAUUCGACGAUGGAGUUGCUGGAUUGGUACCUUUCUUGGAUAAUGUAACUUUCCCAAUAAUCAGUAGCAAUAUAAAUAUAAGCGGGAUACCGGAAUUAGAAGGGAAAAUAAGAAAAUCUGUAAUUUUAGAUGUAGGAGGAGAGAAAAUAGGAGUCAUAGGGUAUACGACAAAGGAUACACCAGAAUUAGCAAAAACAGGUCCUGUUACUUUUUUCGAUGAAGUCGAAAGUAUUCAAGAAGAAGCGGACAUCUUACAACAAAGUGGAAUAAAUAUUAUUAUAGCUGUGGGUCAUGCCGGUUUCUUGAAAGAUAAAGAAAUUGCCGAAAAAGUUCCAUCAGUUGACGUUGUAGUUGGGGGACAUACUAAUACUUUCCUUUAUACAGGCGAACCACCUAUUCCACAGUUAGUAGAAGGGCCUUAUCCAGUGGUGAUAGAAAGAUCAGACGGUUCAAAAGCAUUAGUAGUUCAAGAUUAUGCCUUUGGAUUAUAUUUAGGCCAUCUGAAAGUAACUUUCGAUGAAACAGGGAACGUAAUAUCAUGGGAAGGAAACCCAAUACUUAUGGAUGAAACAAUUCCUCAAGAUAACGAGACUGCAGAAGUUGUCGAAACGUAUAAGGAAGUAGUCGAUAAGCGAGGCAACGUUAUCGUAGGGCAAAGUAACGUUUAUCUUAAUGCGGAUCGUCCUUAUUGUCGCAUGCACGAAUGCAAUUUUGGAAAUGUAAUAACCGAUGCAGUUUUACGUUUUUAUCUUAAAAAACCAACCGAAAAUCAAUGGAAUACCAUCGCAAUUUCGAUUUUCAAUUCUGGAGGAAUAAGGGAUUCCAUCAGCGAGAAAGAAAAUGAUGGGAAUAUAUUGAUGAGAGAUGUAAUGAAUGUAUUGCCUUAUCUUAAUACCUUGGACGUUGUGGAUAUUUAUGGAAAAUAUUUGAUAGAAAUAUUAGAAAGAUCUGUUUAUGAUUAUGGAAAUAAUCCUGAGGAUCCUCCUGGAAGAUUCUUACAAGUUUCUGGUGUUCGAGUUACUUACAAUAUUUCUCAACCUCCUGGACAGAGAGUACACAAAGCUUUAGUUCAUUGCACUUUCUGCAGGGUUCCUCGUUACUUACCUAUAAACGAAAGUAAGAUAUACAGAGUAGUGAUGCCUACUUAUCUAACUCAGGGAGGUGAUGACUACAAGAUGAUCCCCGAAAACACAUUGCGCCUAUUGAAUACAGGCUCGCUAGACAUCGAUAUCGUCGUCGACUACUUAAAUAAGUCAUCACCUAUCGUAACAGGAAUCGAAGGAAGGAUCAAUUUCGUCGAUCCUUACGCUCCUUGCAACGGAGCCGCACUGUCCACCAUAAAUAAUAAUUCCUUACGCAUUUAUGCUUUUUUGACUUUUUCGAUUUUACUAUUUCCCGGUGUACACAAAAAUCUUCCUGUGAUUGCCACUAUUUAGUAUCUCUAGAAUCAUAAAGCAAUAUAAUAAAAAUUAUUUUUCUCUAAAUUAUGAAUAAAUUUUCAAGAUUUACAAAGAUAAUUAAUUGUAUCCACACUGGAAGAAAUCGCUUGUACAUUUAUAUAGAUAAUGCCUAUAUGAAAUUUGCUGUUUGACAUGUUUUUACAUGAUCUGAAGCAUAACAUAAUUAGAUACCAUAGUACAUAAUUAUCAUACUAUAAAGAACCUAGUACAUAAUUACAAUAUUAAACUUAUGAUGUACUUAUAUAAAAGUACAGGAUAAUCAAAAAAUCACUGCAUUUAUAUUAUAAACCAUACAAUGUAAUUGAGUAGCGACAUUUUGGUAGCCUUGUAUCAUAGUUAUGCAAUUAGACAUAAUUAAAUUUCUAUCAUUGGAUGAUGUGAACAUUACAUUAACAUCUUUAAUAUAAAAUUUCAUUUUUUUUAAAUAUGAAAAGAUAUAUUUGCAUUUUUACUAUUUAUUAUUACAAGUUUGUUAAAUAAAAAUUCCUAAUGCCAGAAUGUCAGGUGUCAUACUCUCAGUUUAUACAGCUUAUUGUAUAUAGAAACUUAAGUAUUUUAUAUUAAUUUCGAUUCUACACGAAAUUAUGCUUCUUCAGUAAUAAAAGUUAAAGUUAAUUGAACAUUCCAUUUCAUCACACCAAAGUUAUUUUAUCAUUACAUUUAAAAAGAACUAAUAAAUCUCAUGUAAAAGAGGAGAAAUUAUAAAGCUUGCAAUGAACAGAAUGUAUUGAAAACCAAAGGAAUAUUAAAUUACAAACUGUUUAGUUGUUAUUAAAUUUUGAUUGUCUGUACUUUUUGAUACGAAAAAGAAUGUUUUAGAUUGAUUUUCAUUACAUCGUGUACUUUCAAAACAUUGUAGUUUUUGUGCUAACGCGACUUUAUUAUGGUUAUAUUUGUUUUAUGAUGUAUCAUUGAAUUAAAUAAAAAAAU